AUGGCAUCCUUGCCUAGCCUCCAACGUACGAUCUCUGAGAGGGGGGAUAAGAAAAUUUUCUUGACCCGGCCCGCGCACCAUGACGAGAGUCCAAGACGCACCUCACUGGUCCGUUUGAGUAGCGAGGACGACAAACAGGGCAAGGCCAUCUGCGACAACGGACGCCUAGGAGAUGCAUUGGGACGAUGCACAAUGAUGGAAGCCAGAUCUCUGCGCAACGGCAUCCGUGCCUCUAUCCCAAGCCUCAAUGAGCAGGUGGCCGCGACCUGA